AUGUGUAUCGUAUCGUGCAUAUCGUAUCGUUCAACAACCCUUGCUGUAGACACUAAUGCAAGGUUGAUGAUUGGCACAGCAGGAAGUUUCAAAACCUGUCAUUCUGCCAUGGUCUCUGUCCUAGGCGCUUCCAGCUCGUCUCCACUCUCUAUCCUGUCAGCCACGCAGCUCAUUGCCAAAAGAGUCUUCUUCCAGGAUAACCAAGUGAAAGGGCACCGCCGGUUUGGAAGAGAGGACGAGCUUAGUAAGACGCUUGAUGAAGUAAACUGCUUGUACUGGGGUGGAUCCUUGGUUGGGAUGGCAUAUAUGUUUGUUGAUGAGAUGCUGAAAACUGGUAAAGUGAGCCAGGAUGUUGUGGAUCUUAUACCACAUCUUCGUGUUGUUCGUGCUGUGCUGGCUAUCCCCGAUGGUCUUGAUGGCAGCCUCGAUGCUAUCUAUCUUGUAGAGGAGAAGAUCCACGGCAGAUUCAUCAAGUAUAUCAAUAACAAUUCCACUGUUGCUGCUGACAGCCUUCACGGCCGAGAAGUAGUCAUUGGACUAUUCCUAUGCUUCGUACAGCAUGUCCAAUAUCAGCUUACCAAUUCAAUGGUCAUGCCGAGUCGCUGA